UUUUUAUUGGGCAAUGCUCAGAUUGUGGACUGGCCUGUAGUUUAUAGUAAUGACGGUUUCUGUAAACUCUCUGGAUACCAUCGAGCUGACGUCAUGCAGAAAAGUAGCACCUGCAGUUUUAUGUAUGGGGAACUCACAGAUAAGAAAACGAUUGAAAAGGUUAGACAGACAUUUGACAACUACGAGUCAAAUUGCUUUGAAGUCCUUUUGUAUAAGAAGAACAGAACACCUGUUUGGUUUUACAUGCAAAUUGCACCUAUAAGAAAUGAGCAUGACAAAGUGGUGUUAUUUCUUUGCACUUUUAAAGACAUCACUUUAUUCAAGCAACCUAUUGAAGAUGAUUCAACCAAAGGCUGGACAAAGUUUGCCCGUUUGACGCGAGCUUUGACAAACAGCCGGAGUGUUCUGCAGCAGCUAACUCCCAUGAACAAAGCUGAAGUGAUCCAUAAGCACUCUCGGUUAGCUGAAGUUCUCCAGCUGGGUUCUGAUAUCCUUCCACAAUAUAAGCAAGAGGCCCCAAAGACUCCACCACAUAUAAUUUUACACUACUGUGCUUUUAAGACCACUUGGGACUGGGUCAUCUUAAUUCUCACCUUCUACACAGCCAUCAUGGUUCCUUACAACGUUUCCUUCAAAACAAAGCAGAACAACAUUGCUUGGUUGGUCCUGGAUAGUGUGGUAGAUGUUAUUUUUCUGGUGGAUAUAGUUUUGAAUUUUCAUACCACCUUUGUUGGACCUGGUGGAGAGGUAAUAUCUGAUCCCAAACUCAUCAGGAUGAAUUACCUGAAAACCUGGUUUGUGAUAGACCUCUUGUCAUGUUUACCUUAUGACAUCAUCAAUGCCUUUGAGAAUGUAGAUGAGGGUAUCAGCAGUCUCUUCAGUUCCUUAAAAGUGGUGCGACUCCUGAGAUUGGGUCGUGUGGCCAGGAAGUUGGACCAUUAUCUGGAAUAUGGCGCUGCAGUGUUGGUGCUCCUGGUUUGUGUCUUUGGAUUAGUGGCCCACUGGCUUGCGUGCAUCUGGUAUAGCAUUGGGGACUAUGAAGUUAUCGACGAGAUCACGAAUACCCUCAAGAAUGACAGCUGGCUCUGCCAACUGGCAGAGAGUAUUGGAACACCAUAUCGGUACAAUGCUACUGGAUCAGGGCAGUGGGAAGGCGGACCCAGUAAAGAUUCACUUUAUAUAACUUCUCUCUACUUUACCAUGACAAGCCUUACGACAAUAGGAUUUGGAAAUAUAGCUCCAACCACUGAUGGAGAGAAGAUUUUCUCUGUGGCCAUGAUGAUGGUUGGAUCUCUUCUUUAUGCAACUAUUUUUGGAAACGUCACUACAAUUUUCCAACAAAUGUACGCCAACACCAAUCGCUACCAUGAGAUGUUGAACAAUGUGAGGGAUUUCUUAAAGUUAUACCAAGUCCCCAAAGGCCUUAGUGAACGUGUCAUGGAUUAUAUUGUCUCCACAUGGUCAAUGUCUAAAGGGAUCGAUACAGAGAAGGUCCUUUCAAUAUGUCCCAAGGACAUGAGAGCGGAUAUAUGCGUGCAUCUUAAUCGGAAGGUUUUUAAUGAACAUCCAGCUUUUCGGCUAGCUAGUGAUGGCUGCCUGCGAGCACUUGCAGUGGAAUUCCAGACAAUCCAUUGUGCUCCCGGAGACCUUAUCUAUCACGCUGGUGAAAGCGUAGAUGCCCUCUGCUUUGUUGUCUCAGGAUCAUUAGAAGUCAUACAGGAUGAUGAGGUGGUGGCCAUCUUAG